AAAUAAGGCAUCGUAAUCUGGAGCAUUGGCUGCUGCUUACGUACUCCAUUCACUCCCAAACCUUAACACCUGUAGGCUGUCACUAAUAAUGGCAUAGGAAUGGAGUAGGGUAUGGAACAGGAUGAAAUAAAGAUGGAAAUUUCUCAGGAUAAAUCAGCUUUCAAUCUCUGGGCAUCCCACUGACCAUGUGUUGCUGGAAGAACAGUCAGAGUCUCACAUUUAUGGUAGGUGAAAGGCAUCAGGGCUUGUCACAGAGAACACAAGCAGGUUAGGUGAGGAGGUGCCUGGUGAGCCCUGGCUUCCUUCUGCUGGGGAUUUUGGUGCCUUACCUCGCUGGUGUGUAGGACUCGGGCAAUGUAGCCUGAGCAGUAUGUGCUACGGAGCAUCCGUGGCUUGGGGGUGGGUGCUGUCACCCUGGGGGCAUCACUCCUUUAGUGAAGCUGCGUCUUGUGGUCCCGUUGUGCCCUCACCACCAGCCCUGUCCUUCUCCCCACAGUGCUCCAUGCCCGCCUGCGUCACCGCGUUCCACGUCACCUGCGCCUUUGACCACAACCUCGACAUGCGGACUAUUUUAGCAGACAAUGAUGAAGUGAAGUUCAAGUCCUUCUGCCUGGAGCACAGCACCGGUGCCACCAAACUACCCGAGGAGACACGGACGGAGCCUGACCAAGCCCAGCUGGACCUGGAGAAGGUGACGCUGCGGAAGCAAAAGCUCCAGCAGCUGGAGGAGGACUUCUAUGAACUCGUGAAGCCUUCCGAGGUGGCAGAGAACCUCGAUUUAAGUGAGUCGCUGGUGGAUUUUGUCUAUCAGUACUGGAAGCUGAAGAGGAAAGCAAACUCCAACAAACCGCUGCUGACACCAAAAACGGAUGAAGUGGACAACUUGGCUCAGCAGGAGCAGGAUGUUCUCUACCGGCGCUUGAAGCUUUUCACACACCUCAGGCAAGACCUGGAGAGGGUUAGAAAUCUCUGUUACAUGGUGACGAGACGGGAGAAAAUGAAACACACCAUUUGUAAACUCCAGGAGCAGAUCUUCCACCUGCAGAUGAUACUCAUUGAGAAAGAUCUUUACCCAGAACAAACUGGGAAGAAGACAAAGGGUAAGAAAAGUGAUCCGAGAAGGAAAGGAAGAGAUGGUAGAAAAAGUAGCCCUGAGAAGAAAGAAAAAAGGAAAUCAGUCAACGAAACUGUGUUGGGACAACUGGGCUUGUCGACCUCCUUCCCCAUUGAUGGGACCUUCUUCAACAGCUGGCUGGCACAGUCGGUGCAGAUCACGGCUGAGAACAUGGCCAUGAGCGAGUGGUCCCUGAACAACGCGCACCACGAGGACAGCACGCCCGGCCUGUCCGAGGAGCUGCUCCAGGAUGAGGAGACGCUGCUCAGCUUCAUGAUGGACCACUCCCUGAGGUCCCCCUUCAAACAGAGCGAGGCCGCCAAGAAGGUGAAAAGCAAAACGAGAACGAACACUAAGAAAAAGCUGCCCCGGAGCGGCCUGACCGCUGUCUUCAGGAGCCAGCAGGAGGGCUCGGAGCGGUGGACUAACCACACCAGCGACCUGUCAGACGAUGCUGCCAAGCCCUGUGCCCAGGAAUCGCGGCCCGGCAGGUCGGAGAAAGGGGCGGCGAGGCCCGCGGACCGCAGGGGAUCGGGCGAGGCAAAAAGGGCGGCGAGGAAGGGGCCCGGCCCCAAAGGCAGCGACCCGCCGGCCCCGAGGGGCUGCGCCGGAGAG